AUGUUUGUUGGAGAAUAUUCUUUAAAAGGCAAUGACACCUGUCCGCCAGAGUUUGAUGGUUGGGGAUGCUGGAAAGCGACAUCUGCUGGACAUAUUGCGAAAAUUUCAUGCCCCACCUUUGGGUCACUGGCAGAAAAUAAAAACUUUGUCACGCGGUCUUGCCUGGCUAGCGGUAAAUGGGCCAUUAACAGAGCAGCUGGAGGAGAAGAGAACGGUGAUUACUCUCCAUGUCAGCUGAAGCAAACAUCCAUCACCCACAAAAAGUUGAUCAAGGAACUACUCAAUGCUAUGGACGAGUUACAAACAUCACCUUAUGCGACAACAGAGACUACUCAGGAAUUUGAGAGAUGUGUUGAUGACGUAUUAUCAAAACCAGAACCUACAGACAAGCUUUACUGUCCAGGAACUUUUGAUGGAUGGAGCUGUUGGAAUGCUACUCCUGCAGGAGAUGUCGUUUAUGUACCUUGUCCUGUGUUUGUAACAGGAUUUCAGCCAAGAAUUAUUGUUUCCAAAAUUAAUACUGAAGUACGUACCAGUAGGCAUUUAAGUCUGAAGAAAAAGUCAUGUGGAUUCGAUAAAGGCAAAAUGAAACAUUUCAACAUUAUGUUUCGUGAUAAGAUCAAUAAACUUUACGUUGCUGGGUACUCUAUAUCCGUCAUAGCUCUCAGCAUGUCUCUGGCUAUAUUCUUCUAUUUUAGGUCACUCAAGUGCACGCGAAUCGCCAUUCACAAGAACCUGUUCAUAUCCUUCAUUAUAAAUAACAUUCUGUGGAUUGUCUGGUAUACAGAAGUCAUCAGGUAUCCCGAAGUACUCUUUAGUAACAAGCCGGCCUGUCAAGUCCUGCACGUGCUGGUCCAUUACUUCUUACUCAGCAAUUACAUGUGGAUGUUUUGUGAGGGACUAUAUCUGCACACGUUACUGGUUAUCGCAUUUGUGUCUGAGGAAAAGAUAAUGAAGUGGUUUUACAUUCUUGGUUGGGGAUCUCCAAUGCUGGUGAUUGUUGCAUAUGCCAGUCUCAGAAGCUCCUUCCCUGAAGAAACUGUCUUCUGCUGGAUUGAGGAGAGCCGGUUCACGUGGGUUAUUUCUGGACCCGUGUGUAUAUUUAUGUUGCUCAACUUUGUCUUUCUUAUCAACAUAGUCCGGGUAUUAGUGACUAAACUAAGAGCAGAUAAUUCUCCUGAUAAUCACCAGACAAGGAAAGCAGUGCGUGCUACGUUGAUUCUAAUUCCUUUGUUGGGUUUACAUUACAUAAUCACCCCAUUCCGUCCUGAACCUGGGUCGCCUGAAGAAGCAGUGUAUGAACCCAUUUCAGCUGUGGUAGCUUCGUUUCAAGGCCUCUGUGUGUCGCUGUUAUUUUGUUUCUUCAAUGGAGAGGUUAUCUCCCUCAUUAAGAAAAAAUGGAACCAAGCUUUCCUGAUGUGGGGAAAUGACACAAAACGGAAUUAUGCUGUCACAACAAUGUCUGAAUCCAAUCGGGCAGGCGGCAAGAAAUCAGCUAGAAAUGUGAAGACGAAAGAGACCGUGACACAUGUCUUUCCGUGAGAGCAGCCUAAAAUAGGUGGUUUAUUCUGUGGGUUUGUAUCAAGAAGACGAAGAAAAUCCACGGCUAAAAAUAAUGUUUCCAGUUUUUGCAUGACCGAAACCACUGAUUGAUGAAUCAGGGAAGAACUGUGUUAUGUUUAAACUGUACUGAAGAAGUGAUGUUUUGCAGAAAAAUGUUAAGUUAAUUUUUUUUUCUCCGCAUAGAAUUGGCGCUUUUGUACUUUCGUCGACAGAACUACCCCAAAAAUGAAAGUACCUCUUAGUUAUGCGGUGAUCAGCCACAUAAUUAUAUUGAUAUGGCGCACCUUAAAAACCAAAAUUCUUCGUUUUUGCUAUCUUGAAGAAAACUUUGUAUAAAUAUAAUCUGAUAUAAUCGUUUAAUAGAUUACAAAUUAGAUUUGAUAUUUCUUAUGAUACGUCAUACUAAAUUUAGCGUCUGAUUUGUCUCAGAAAAAACAGGAUUCUCUCGACUACGCGGAACAAAAGCCAAGACUCUUCCGUUUAAUUCUAAAAUAUUUAAGACUGCAUAAUAAAAGUUAGGACUCUGAGAUGAAUUUUUGAACAUCAUAAAAACUGAAAAACAAAAGACGCGAUUUUAUGAUAAAUGUUUGAAACUACUAGCAAAAGAAUUUUACGAAAGAUAUUCAAAAGCUUUGAUAUCAAUAACUAAAAUCAAAGCUCGUAAAUAGGAUCUCUUAACUUCUUGAAAAUUAGCAAUAAAAACUACAGUUCUUAAAGAAGUUUCUUAAAAGUCCUGAAAUUAAUUAAAAAACUAAGGCUCUCAGCAAAAACCCCAUGUUGAAAAUAAAAACUGGGGCAUUUCAAUACAAACUUAAAGAUACAGAUCGUCGAUAGGUUUUUAAAGUUCCCAUAAACUAUUUCAGCAAUUUUUUUUUAAAGAUCUAACACAAACAAAAAUUGUUAAGGCUUCACAAUGAAAAUGAAGAGGCACUAUUGAUUAAUUUCUAUGUUUUAUUAUCAGUGAUGUGAAGGAAAUUCAACAAGCAGUCUAAUACUUUUAAAUUAUGAAUUGUUGAGACGUAGUUAUAUACUUAAAAAAUUGUCUUAUAUAUAUAUAUAUAUAUACUCUUGCGAGUAUCAUGUUAUGUACGUUAGGAAUAUGGAUAAGAUAACGAGACUUGUAUUACAUGAAUUAAAAAUAACUCUUUCUAUAGAUGGGUACAAAAUUAUGAGUUAUGGGUUAUAAUUCAAUGUAACCAGUUAAAGUCGAGGAAUGAGGGAUCUCUUUAUCGCUUAGUAACUGUUUGACAUUAGUAAUAUUUAUAGUAAAAAACCAAAACGACGUUUUUUGGCACAAUGAAAGAUAAGUUAUUAUUUUUAAAUAUUUUAAGCAAUGGAUAAGUUCAAGAAAAUAAAUUAUUAUCAAUUAUCUUCCCUUUGGUGGAGGGAAGAUAAAAAAAAUACUACAUUCUUGGCAGAUGGAGAGCAGAAAAGCAGAACAAUGAGUUACUAGGUUCGUUACAACAAAAUUUGUAAACAAUGAGUAACUAGGUGAAUUAUUUAAGCAGUGUCAAACUGGUUACUUUUAUUACAAAAUAAUUUGAAAACAAUAAAUAACUAAAUGAAUUAUUUAAACAGUUUUGAUUUGUUUGGCUACAACAGAUUUUCUAAGCAAUGAGAAACCAGGUGUAAACAAUUUUAAACUGGUUGUUUUAGUUACAACAAUGUUUUAACAAUGAGAAACCAGGUGAAUUAUGUAAACAAUUUUAAACUGGUUGUUUUGGUUACAACAAUGUUCUAACAAUGAGAAACCAGGUGAAUUAUUUAAACAAUUUUAAACUGGUUGUUUUGGUUACAACAAUGUUCUAACAAUAAGGAACCAGGUGAAUUAUUUAACCAGUUUUGAUUUGGAACUUUUGCUACAUGGUUUAUCGUUCAUUAAAUAACCUGUAUUUGUACUGAAAAUUGAUGUUGUUUUCUACAUUCCUCAUUGUUCUGGAAUUGUGCCAAAAGGACCGAGGAGAAGUCGACCCUUUAUAUUGCUUUUACUAGCAGUGUGAGUGUAAUAUAUCAAAAUGACGGUACGUGUUUUUGUUGUUGUGUUUGAUGCUUAGUAGUUAGUAAAUCAUUAGGUCUGCAUAACAUUAUUUUAAAACAAUGUUAAAUACAGCAAAAUUAUAACAGUGUCAGUUAGUACAGAAAAGGUGUAUCAAUGAUGUUUAAAGAACUAAUUUAAAUGCUUGCUUACUGUAUCUAAGAAUGCGUUAGUUACUUAGUGAAGUAUUGUAUAAUUGGGCUGAUAUCUGUUUUUGUAUCAGAUAUAGUGAGAAUACAA